AUGUCACAUACAAAUUUAUCAUCAACAAAAUCAAACCAAAGUUGCGACAUAUAUAGUGAAAAAUGUAAAGCGCCUAAUUGGCUACAAACAUGUUUUCCAUGUUUUGGACCGCCAUUAUCAUUAUUCAGCAAUGUCAAUGGCAAGCUAAAUAUAAGUCCACAAUUUAAAAGUCAAGCUGGUAAAGAAAUAGUUCAUCGUAAUGAUACAUUUGGUGGUCUAUUACAUGAUCCUCUAGAAGAAGAUAUUACAUCGAUAUUACACACAAAAAUAGAUUUGAUACCAGAUGAUGAAUAUAAAGAAUUAAUGAACAUAACAAGUCCAUUUCACAUUAACGUUGAGACACUCAUUCAUGUUAUGCAAGUAAUGGAAAAUUCUAUUAAAAUGGGUCUUGAUCCUACAACACAACAUAAAUCUGAUUUAAAAAUGAUCCCUACCUAUGUAACUACAAUAGCAACAAAACGAGAAGAAGGUGAUAUUCUUGCUCUCGAUUUGGGUGGUACCAAUUUUCGUACGUUACUCGUUAAAAUUCGUCCUCAACAUGAUCCAGUUGUUAUAUCCGAAGCACAUAUUGUACCCGAUUCGAAAAAACAAAAUUCUCAAGAACUAUUUCGUUUUAUAUCAGAUGUUUUAAAAUUAUUUAUGAUAAGAAAUAAAUUAGAUUUGAAUAAAAAAUUUAUACUCGGUUUUACGUUUUCAUUUCCUUGUCAACAAUUGGCAUUGAAUCGAGCAAAUUUUCUUUACCCAACCAAAGGAUGGGGUUUACAAGACUUGAUUGAUCAUGAUGUCGUAGAAAAAUUACAAGAAUGUUUGAAUGAAAAACAGCUAAACGUAAGAGUAACAGCACUAAUUAACGAUACAGUGGGGACAUUGAUAGCAUGUGGCUAUAAAGUACCAUCGUGCAAAGUUGGAAUUAUUCUUGGAACGGGUACGAAUGCAUGUUACUUUGAAGAUAUAUCAAAAAUUCAAACUAUUACUGAUACAACAGUAUUACCGUUAGAAGCCACACAAAUGAUUAUCAACACUGAGUGGGGAGCACUAGGUGACAGUGGCUGUUUAGAUUUUGUAGUGAAUGAAUUUGAUCGUGAAGUUGAUAAAGUGUCGAAUAAUCCUGGUAAACAAAUAUUUGAAAAGUUAAUUGCCGGAAUGUAUAUGGGUCGAUUAGCAGCGGAAGUGCUCGCUGUUUUAAUGAAUCACGGUAUUAUUUUAAAAGCACAACGUGGUCAUCAAGAAUCUUAUCGACAAUAUAGUCCAUUUUGGGUAUUGUAUAAUUUGCAAACGAGUCAUAUAUCAGAAAUUGAAUUAGAUACGGGAAAAACAUUUGCUAAUACCAGAACAGUAAUGAAUAAACUGGGAUUACCACAAGCAUCGGAUGCUGAUUGUGCUAUUAUCAGUUAUACCUGUCGACUAAUAUCACGGAGAGCGGCUAUGUUAACAGCAGCUGCAAUUGCUGUGUUAAUGAAGCGUUUACGAGGUAGUAACAAAGUGUGUAUUGGAAUUGAUGGAUCAUUGUAUAGAUAUCAUCCCCGUUUCAACAUGAUUAUACAACGACAUUUGAAAACACUUGCACCAGUUCUAUUGGACUACGAAUUACACAUCAGUUCAGAUGGAAGUGGCAUUGGAGCGGCCAUUGUAGCUAUCACAGCUGACCAAGAACGACAAAAAUUGAAAAAAAUAGCACUAAAACCAACCGUAGCAUGCUAA